UGUUUCCCGGGCUCUGUCUGGACACAUACAUUCAGGGAAGGUACUCUGGGUCAAAGGGCCCUUCUGCAGGGGACGCCUUCCACACAGAGUUCCUGCAGCGGAGGAGGGAGGCUCCAGGACACCUCAGCAGCUGCAUUGGACAGGGUCAGGCUUCCAAGCAAGGCCAUGGCUGUCCCAUGGCUCAUCUGGCUGUGGCUGCUGGUUCCAGGCAUUCAAGGUGCACAAGAUGGGGACAUGAGGCUGGUCAACGGGACCACAGCCAACGAGGGCCGUGUGGAGAUCUUCUACGGAGGCCAGUGGGGGACAGUGUGUGACAACCUCUGGGAUCUGGCUGAUGCCAACGUCGUGUGCCGAGCUCUGGGGUUUGAGAAUGCCACGGAGGCACUGGGCGGAGCUGCAUUUGGGCCAGGGACUGGUCCUGUCAUGCUGGAUGAGGUGCAGUGCAUGGGGACAGAGCCCUCACUGGCCAGCUGCAGGUCCCUGGGCUGGAUGAAGAGUUACUGCAACCACGACAAAGACGCAGGCGUAGUCUGUACCAACGUGACCAAGAGCAAGUAUAUGCUCGACCUCUCUGGGGAGCUCGCUGCCGCCCUUGGCCUGAUCUUCGACAGGCAGCAGGGCUGUGACCUGUCCAUCCAGGUGGUAGGAGAGGAACAGGAGGUGCUGGGCCUCUGCGCCCACAGUGUGAUCCUGACCGCCAACCCUGAGGCAGAGGCCCUGUGGGAGAAGCCGGGCAGCAAAAUCAUCAUGCGCGUGGACAGCGAGUGCAUGUUCGUGGUCAAGGACUUUCUAAGGUACCUCUACUCCCGGAGGAUUGAUGUCUCCCUGGCAUCUGUGAAGUGCUUGCACAAGCUGGCCUCUGCCUACAGGGCCAUACAGCUCCAGGACUACUGUGGACACCUCUUCUCCACCCUCCUCCCCCAGGACCCCUCUUUCCACACACCCCUCGACCUCUACACCUAUGCAAAGGACACAGGAGAUGCCCUGCUGGAGGAGCGGUGUGUGCAGUUCCUGGCCUGGAACUUUGGGGCCCUGACUCAGGCCGAGGCCUGGCUGAGUGUCCCCACAGCUCUCCUCCAGGCACUCCUCCCUAGGAGCGAGGUGGCCGUGCCCAGUGAGCUGGCCCUGUUGCAGGCCCUGGAUGCCUGGAGCAGGGAGCAGGGAGCCUCCAGGAGGGAGGCCGAGGCCUUGCUGGAGCAGGUCCGCUUCCCCAUGAUGAUCCCCGAGGAGCUCUUCCAGCUGCAGUUCAACCUGUCCCUAUACCAGGACCAUGAGGCUCUGUUCCAGAAAAAGAUCCUUCAGGCCCUGGAGUUCCACACAGUACCCCUGUGGCUGCUAGUCCAAUACCAAGGUCUGAACUUCACCGACAAUGAUGCCUACAAGCCCCGGAUUUACACCUCGGCCACCUGGAGUGCCACGGUGACAGCCAAUUCUUGGAACCAGCUGAGUUCCAGGAACCAGAGGCAGAAGUAUUCGUCCCAAAAUUAUCCACACUAUUAUGUAAACAAAUUCUCUUACGGCUACAUGAACAGCCCCUACCAGUCCUUCCAGACCCCGCAGCACCCCAGCUUCCUCUUCAAGACCAAACUGGUCUCCUGGACUCUCGCCUAUCUCCCCACCAUACAGAGCUGCUGGAACUACGGGUUCUCCUGCUCCUCCGAUGAGCUUCCGGCCCUGGGCCUCACCAAGUCUGGUUACUCUGAUCCCACCAUAGGCUAUGAAAACAGAGCCCUGAUGCUCUGCAGAGGUGGCAUCGUGGUGGACAUCCUGGGCUUCCACGGCUCGAAGGCCUCAAUCCCCAGUGCCCUGGACACCAACAGCACCCGUGGCGCUUCCACCUUCCCCUGCACUGCAGGCUCCUUUAGUAGCUUCCGCGUGGCCAUCCGGCCCUUCUACCUGACCAACGCAACCAGCCUGGACUAAACAGCCACCCAGAGGCUUGUCCCGGGUGCUGGGGAAGCUCCCCUCCUUUGCUUCUUUCCUCUCUGCAGCUGCCUCAGCAAUCAGCCACCAGGUGUCUCCCUGCUUCCACUGGUCUCUGUGACCUUACAGAAAUUACUGGAAGGCCUUGACUAGCAUUCACCACAGGUCCUGAGAUGUUCAGUACUUCAGUGGAUGCUGAGGUCUCUGUACUGUCACUGCCUGGCUAGCUUCUAGGUCGGAAGUCAAGAAGAUCACUGUGGGAUUCCCAUAGCCCCUUGCUGCUUCUGCGUCCACUGCUGUCACUGUACUGAGGCCAUUAAAACCACACUGUACUUCCCA